AUGAUGCUUCCAGCGUUCUUGCAUAAGCGCUGGAAGCAGCCCUGGCAGAAGAAUGCCCGCGUGAUGCCUGCAGGCACCCUCCUGCAUUGUAGAGCAAACGAGCGUGCUUCCAACAAGUGCUUCGAGCCAAUGUUCUUUGAUGCUGACAUGGUCGGCGUGCUGCCCACAGAGGUUCCCGGUUGUCCCAAAGACUCGAGCCCCGGCACGCCCUCACCACAGAGGCCUGCGGAGACCAAUUCGAAGGGCAGAAGCUCUUGUAAUCUCCUGGAUUCGGCGGAGACUUUGCAGCGAGAGCGGGCUCUCGCGGAACUGGAGGAGUUCAACAGGACACUGGUGUCUACCCGUGCUUCAAUGCAGGGUGUUUCUUCGGAGCUGGCAGCUUUUCUUUCGAAUUCCGAGCACGAUCUGGUCGAGGCUCGUAUCGGGCUGCGAGACGCCACAUCCAAGAUUCAAGACCUGCAGGAAGGUAUGUGCGACUUGCGCAAGCAGCUUGCCCGGACAGAGAAGGACGCACAUUGCUGGGAAACGGAGUGCCGCAGGCUGUCCCAGCAACUCCGCUCUCUCGGGGAGAUGCUGGCUGCUCAGCGUGGUGAGCUUAUGGCCUCCGAGGUCUGCCGCUUGCAGGCGAUUCGGGAAGCCAGCGUUCAUGAGAAGCGCCACGAGCUGGCCUUGACCCAUAUCGCAGAGGCCGAGAGGGAGCGUGAGUCUUUGGAGCUGGCCAACAUGUUGCUGAAGGCAGAGUACGAUGACUGUCUGAAGGAGAGCCAGGAAUUGCUUGCACAGAAAACCUGUUGCGUUUGCAUGAACUCCCUGCGCAGCGUGCUCCUGCGCCCUUGCUCUCACUUCGCGCUAUGCACGGAAUGCGCAGAGCGGAUUUCCAGCUGUCCAAUGUGCAGAGUUCCAGUCGAACACAGAAUCGUUGUGAUGUUGUCCUGA